CGGGUCCGAAUCGACCAUCGCUAUAAGGCGUCGUCCGAUGUUCCACAAGUCUACUCAUGAGCUUCAUACAAGGCUGGUCUCUGUUGCGAAGUGAUAUGAACCAGUCGAAGAGCUCGGUCCCUGCUGCAAAAUGCACAUGUACCUUAUAGAACUGCCGGCGGUCCCGCUGCACGAGAGUGUUCAACAUGAGUUGGUCUCUAUCCUUCCGCAAGCCUCACAAGACCAGCUUAAAAAGUACAGACUUCCGGGUGAUGCUCUUCGCUCGCUUGUGGGGCAGCUCGCGCCAAUUUGGUACCUCCGAACCCAGGGACUCAUAAGGCCAAAUGAGAAAGCUACAUUUGGACGACAAGGGAAGGGCAAACCGAUGCUGGUUGAACCACGGCUGCAACCUCCCUUAGGGUUCAACACCUCCCAUGAUGGGUCAUUCGUCCUUCUAGGAGUGACUCGAGGUCAGAGCAGUCAAAUCGGGGUAGACCUGAUGAAGAUACCCGAUAACCCAUCAGACGUUCAGGACGGUAUCUCCGAGCAGUUGACCCAUGAUGAACGUCAUUCACUUGCGAUUCCAAUGACGAUCCACGCGCGAUCAAAGCGGAUCUCAACCCUUUGGACCUUCAAAGAGUGCUUCGUCAAGGCUUUAGGAGAGGGUAUAGGGUUUGGACUAGAGAGGAUAGCUUUGACGCUGGCACCGGAUGGAACGGUCGACGGCGUAUGUGUGGAUGGUGAAGACGUCAGAUGGGACGGGUGGAAAUGGGCAGCUGGGUUUCAUCGCGUGGACGAACCUAUGGGCGGAAAGGAGCUGCCGGAAGAGUAUGGCUGGACAGUCUUUUGGAAAAGUGACGAGCUGGAUGGAGGAGGUGACUUGGUUCACAUCUCGUGGGAUUCCUUCCUUGGCGUGUUCUCCAACCCCGACGGCGACAUUGCAUCUUGAAAGAGUAUGAUACA